AUGGCUCAUACCAUUCCCGAAGUAAGAAAAAGCUACAUAAAUGGCCAAUGGACAACCUCAUCCUCCAACCAAACCUUCCCCGCCUACAACCCAUCAACAACAACCCAAAUCGGCACCUCCGACCUCACCCCCACAGACACCACUAACGCCAUAACCGCCGCCCAAAAAGCCUUCCAAACCUACCGACACACCCCCGUCCACACACGCGCCCACCACCUCCGCACCUGGCACUCCCUCCUCCUCACCCACAAAACCGACCUAGCAACACUCCUCACCCUCGAGAACGGCAAACCCUACGCGGAAGCCCUCGCCGAAAUAACCUACGCUGCGUCCUUCCUCGCCUGGUUCGCCGAAGAAGCACCCCGGACUUACGGCGACACCAUCCCCGUCUCCGUACCAGGAACAAUGGUCCUCACGGUCCGCGAACCAGUCGGCGUCUGCGGCCUCAUCACACCCUGGAACUUCCCCGCGGCGAUGGUAGCCCGGAAGAUUGGGCCCGCGCUCGCGGCGGGGUGUAGCGUUGUGGUGAAGAGUGCGGCUGAGACGCCGUUUACGGCGAAUGCAAUGGUGGAGUUAGCAUCUAGGGCUGGGAUUCCGGACGGUGUGGUGAAUGUUGUUACGGCGGGGGUGAAUACGGUGGGUGUCGGGCGGGUUCUUGCUAGCCAUGACGAUGUGCGGAAGGUGUCGUUUACGGGGUCGACGGGGGUGGGAAAGGUGCUUAUGGGAUUGGCGGCGGGGGGUAUGAAGCGGGGGUCGUGGGAGCUGGGGGGCAUUGCGCCGAGGCGGUUGAGGGGCUUGUUGCGUCGAAGUUUAGGGGGGGGUGGGCAGACUUGUGUUUGUGCGAAUCGGGUUUAUGUGCAGCGCGGGGUUUAUGGGGAGUUUGCGGAGAGGUUGGUGGAGAGGAUUAAGGGGUUGAGGGUGGGGGAUGGGUUUGGGGAAGGGGUGACAAUUGAGCCGUUGGUUCAUGGGCGGGCGGUUGAGAAGGUUAUGGCGCAUGUUGAAGAUGCGAAGGCGAAGGGGGCGAGGGUUUUGUUUGGUGGUAGGAGGAUGGAAGAGUUGGGUCCGAAUUUUGUGCAGCCUACGGUCUUGGUGGAUAUGACGGGCGAUAUGAGGCUGGCAUCGGAGGAGACGUUUGGUCCUGUUGCGGCUCUUUUCCCCUUUGACUCGGAGGAGGAGGUUAUCCGCGAGGCAAAUCGGUGUGAGGUUGGUUUGGCGGCGUAUAUCUAUACGGGGAGUACGAGCAGACUCUUCCGGGUGGCUGAGGCGCUGGAGGUUGGGAUGGUGGGUGCUAAUACGGGCAUCAUUAGCAAUGUGGCAGCUCCGUUCGGUGGAGUCAAGGAGAGCGGGUUUGGAAGAGAGGGUAGUAAGUAUGGCAUAGACGAGUUUACUCACAUCAAAACUAUUACGAUUGGGGGUCUCGCAUAG